AUUCUUGUUCUGCUUUCAGCCACUGAUAUUCCCGGUCCACCACAGCCACCUAUGCGUGUAGACUCACAUCGAUCACAGACAUCAAACCCAUUAACAUCUCAACCUAGGUAUCAAGCCGGACCAAAUUUACCAUCUAACAACCAGGACUCCCCUUAUCUUUUUAUAUCACAAUGUCACUCAGGACAGACAUCAAAGACAUCAAGUGAGCGGCACCGUUCCAGUGUGGAUAGUAUACCCGAUGAACUGGCCCCCCCACCACCUCCAGCAAAACACAAUAACUACAUGUCAGGGGAAUCUAGCACUGAUGCGCACUAUGAUCAUCCACGGUCAUGUGAUUCUUUUGUGGAAGAUGAUGGUAUCUACAAAACCCCUCCAAGUCGAAACAUGACAUGGAGCAAUGGGGAGGCUUCAAUGAUGUAUGAUGUGCCUCUCGCUACUCGUAAUGGAUUUUCCCGGGAGAGAUUUUCCUCUGAAAGAUCUUCUUCAGAUAUGAAGGAUGUUUUUUAUGAUGUCCCCCCGAGAAAGUCAGACCCGAGUGUGUGCUAUGACACCCCUCCCUUAAGAACAUCGAGCCUAGACCCUAAGGUGCCAGCACGGCCACAAAGGCACAUGUCCAAUUCAGAAGCUUAUCAGAAUAUACCGUAUAACAGCAAAUGUUAUUACAACACAUCUUACGGUUCUUCGUCUGUAAAUCUUCGUGGUCAACCCCCAAGACCUGCUCCUCGUGGUCACAGCAAAAGCUAUUCUCUCAAGACCUCGAGUCUCGAUGGAGAAAAUCUUAAUUUGAACUUAUGCCCGCCCCCUCCAUGUGGUUCUCGAGACAACCAGCCUUCACAUGGCUACGUAAAUGCUCCUGCAUUAGGUUCAAAUUCUGUGAGUCCAGACAACCCAGAUGACCUCUAUGUACCAAUGGAAGGACCCGCCCAAGACACAACUCGUGGUAGAUUAAGCACUGAUCAAAGCUUUGUUGAUGCCAAACCUUAUAACUGUGUUGCAAUGAAUGAGGCUGUAUACACUGAUAUGUCCAAACCUGGUCCGUGUGCAGGAAAAGAGGCAAUAUGGCCAAAUCAGAAUCAAGCAGACACAUAUAGUAUAUUUGGUACAGAAAAAACACGGAGUUUCAAAAAGGUCAAUAAUUCAACAGUGGACCGUUCUUCGUCGUUAGGAAGCCAUGCUUCCCCGCCAGUCACUCAGCCGAGAUUACCUCGAAAAAAGCAAGCCUCCAUUGCAGAUGGCUCUUCAUCCUCUGAUGAAGAUGGUGAUAUAACAAUGUCUAAACAAGGAAUGCGUCAGAUAUUACCAGCACCAGGUAAACCCGACUGCGGAGAGUUGAAAUACUUGGACUUAAGACUUGACGACACUGCUGAGACCCCAAGUGGACCUCCUCCUUCUUGUGAAUAUCGGGAGAUAGACUUUGUAAAGACCAAUGCUUUGAGAAAUGUAAAAAAUGCCAGGGUGCUGGAAUAAUGAUGAUGGAAUUUAAUAAAAAAAAAAAGGGGGGAACAGAAAAGCAAAAAAAAAAAAAAAAAAGACAAUUGCUGUAGGGUCCUUCAACUGUCAUAUUUUUAAAUGUAUAUAUACAUAUGUAUAUGUGUGUGUGUAUAUAUGUGUGCAUGUUUGUGUGUGUGUGUGUGUGUGUGUGUAACUACAGCUGCAGUCAAGGAUGAUUUGAUAGCAUUUCCUAUACUUUUGCUAAUGGUUUUUAGGCCCAUGUAGUCGCAAUAAUGUAUAUACAGAUACAUAUAUAUAUAUAUACAUAUGCACACGCACAUACAAUCAUUCAUAGAUUUCUGUAUAUAUAUACAAUCACACACAUGUAUUUAUACAUACUUUUAUGUAUAUAUACAAAUAUAUAUGCACAUGCAUACACAGAUUUAUACAUACAUUCAUAUGUAUAUGUAUAUAGAAACACACACACACAUGUAUACAGAUAUACAUACUUCAGAUUACUUCAAUGAGAGGAAAAAAAAAAUUCCUUUUUUAUCAUAAAAACUAAAAAAAACAAGCAACAAAAAUUAUCCCACCGAAAAAUGAAGGGAGAAGCUCAGAAGUGAAACUUUUUUUGUAUAUUUUCAAAAAAAAAAACCCACAAAAGUCAUUCUUGAUUGAGGACAAGAGAAAUAAAGAACAUGGUAUUAUUAAUGAUAAUAAUAAUAAUAAUAAUAAUAAUAUCCUUUUUACACUUUC